CGCAAACAUGGCGGCUUCCACAGCGAGCAAGGUGCAAGCGUUGUACUCGGAGUUAAACCGAGCUGGCCAGAAUGGGGACUACCAGAGGGCUUUAAAUGCAGCUAACAAAAUUUUGAAGGAGUCGCGAAAUGACGAGACGGCAUUUCACUGCAAAGUUGUGUGCCUGAUUCAGCUGUCCCAGUUCCAGCAUGCAAUUAAAGAAAUUGCAAACAACCCUGCGUUGGCAAGUGGACUGAUGUUUGAGAAGGCAUACUGUCAGUAUCGGCUGAACAGAAUACAGGAUGCACUGACAACAAUCAAAGGUGUUAGCAACCCCAGCCCCAAACUCAAGGAACUCAAGGGCCAAGUGUUGUACCGGCUAGAACAGUACAAGGAGUGUCUUGACGUCUACAAAGACUUGAUUAAAAAUACAUCAGACGACUACGAUGAGGAGAGAGCAACCAACCUGUCGGCAGUCGUGGCUGCUUUGCAACUGUGGGAGCAGCAGUCAGUGGCUGACCUUGGGUUGAAAGAGGACACGUUUGAGUUGAGCUACAACAAAGCCUGCCUGUUGCUGGGCCAGGCAGAGUAUGGGCAGGCACUGGAAGAGCUGGACAGGGCAGAGGAACUGUGCAAAGAGGGCAUGGAGGAUGAAGCUGAAAUGACCGCAGAGGAGAUUGAGGCAGAGCUGGGGGUGAUCCACGUGCAGCGAGCCUACAUACUCCAGCUGCAAGGCAGGACAGACGAGGCCAUGAAGAUUUACAAUCAGCUGGUCAAGUCAAGACCCUCUGACAUUGGCCUGAUGGCGGUUGCUUCCAAUAACAUCGUCAGUCUGAAUAAGGACCAGAAUGUGUUUGACUCCAAGAAGAAGAUCAAGGCGACUACAGUAGACGGCCUACAGCACAAACUGACUUCCAGCCAGCAGUCGGCGAUUGCUUACAAUCGUUGCGUCCUGAUGUUGUACACAAACCAGUACGAUCAGUGUAGAAAACAGCUGCAGCAGUUAAGAAAUUCAUACCCGGACAGCGAUAUGCCCUGCUUAGUAGAGGCCGCUUUGCUCUGCAGAGAGAAGCAGACUGCCAAGGCGGUGCAGAAAGUCCGGGAUUACAUCAAGAGCAAGCGGAGGGUUUCACUGCAGGUCAAACUGACCCUGGCUCAGCUGUAUAUUAUGCAAGGGCAGGUGAGUGAAGCCUGUGAGGUGCUGCUAAAGCUGGAGGCGGACACGUACAAGCCUGGCAUCGUAUCCAGCCUGGUAGCGCUCUACACCAACCUGGACAAUCCGGAGGGCGCUAUGCAGGUGCUGGACAAGGCAGUGGAGUGGUACAAGCGAGAAGGGGAGAAGCAGAGCGAGUUGAACACCCUCUUGAGAGAGAAUACAAACUUCAAGCUCAAGCACGGCAAGUCGCAAGCCGCCGUCAGCAUGCUGGAGGAUCUGAGAAAGGCUAACCCAGAGGAUGUGAGGACCCUUGCACAGCUCAUCUCAGCCUACUCCAAAUUUGAUCCCAAAAGAGCUCAAGAACUAAGCCGGGAGCUGCCCCCCGUGGCGGCCUUCUCGGGCUCGGUGGACGUGGACGUCCUGGAAACCACGCCCCUCUCCCUGACCUCCCGCCAGAUGAAGAAGACGGGGGGGAAGGUGGAGAAGCCAGAGAUGGCAGAGAGCAAGAUGGACGCUCAGAUCGCCAAGAAGAGAAGAAAGCACAGGAAGCGGCAUCUCCCGGCCAACUACGACCCCAGCGUGACCCCUGACCCAGAGCGCUGGCUGCCAAUGCGAGAGAGGUCCUACUUCAAGGGCAAGAGAAAAACCAAAAAGGGAGCCAUCGGCAAAGGCACGCAAGGCGCCACUGCCGGCAGCAGCGAAAUGGAUGCCAGCAAGCCUAGCAGCAGCACUCCCAGCUCUCCUCGAGCUGGCUCAGCUGCGUCCUCGGCCCCGACGGCAACAACUGCAGCCUCUGUCGCUGGCCCAUCCCCACGGCAACAGAAGCCUGGUGGACAAGGCGCCAAGAAGAAGCAGAACAAGAAGAAGAAGGGGGGUCAGAAGUGGUGAGGGCCUCGGGUAGGCAUCAGGGAGAUAUCUGAGCGUUCCCAUGGACUUAGAACAACUUUGUCAACUGUUCGAAUAGACCGAAUCUACCCAUCAAUUCAUGUGACCUAUAAUGGGUAUCAAACAUCAACAAACAUGGCGUCCUCCCAUAGGAAACUGUGUGUCAUGUGUUUGCUAAAAAUGAAGCUGAUUUUUUGGUAAAGCACUCACCACCUCAAUUAUCUGAGUACUUUACCCACCUUUGGGUUUAUUUUUUUGUAAAUGCCACUUAUGACACAUUUUGCUGUGGGAAAAUGCCAUGUUUGUUGACAUUUAAUAGGUCACAUGACUUCGUGGGUCCAAUCCGUCUGUUUCACAGCCUUUGGGUUAUACUUGUUGAGACAGUACGCCUGCCUUGACCCUAAAAGAUCCGAGAGGAGGGAAUGGCCCCUUCAACAUGUUUUCCAAUAUUGUGACAUUACUGUUUGUCUCACUUAUCGAGCCUUCGUGCAUAUUUUUAGUAUAAUCUUCCGAUCAUUUUGACGCCAUUUUUUUUUUUAAUCAGACAUACUGUUGUCACGCAGGGCCCACUUUUCCAAGAUGGGUCAGCCAAAAAUGGAUACUUUUUCCACUGACUUGCUUGAUUCAUGCAGGCCAACAUGCGUGUUGCAUUGAAAUUUAAAUGGUCAUAAAAACAAAAAUGUCAAGUGGAAUUGGGUUGAAGCCUCACAUGAGUGUCGUUGCAUGCAUGCCAAGUCUAGCAAUGUGGCAUUGACACAGUUGACAGUUUUUUUUUGGGGGGGGGACGGUAGAAUCUGCCCUCCCCGGCUGUGAGUCCAAAAACCCAGCUCUUGUAGAGUAAAUAUGACAACAGUCUAUCAGGUCUGAAUGCCUGCUGUAAUCCCCUUGUCUACCUGUAUUUAACCAAUAUAUUGUAAAUCUUGCUAAAAUUGUUCAGUAACAGUAAGUCACAAACCCACAGAUUUAAGCUCGGUGAGAUGCAGCUUCACCAGGGCAGUGCAAAGGGCUUACUGGUUGCCUCCCGCACAACACACCAGAAUUUGUAUAGGCUUUGUACAGGUUUCAGGAAAAGUUGAUGAAAUCAUUGCAAGACUGGUUGUCUUUCGACAAGCAUGUUCUGAUUGCCAUGCCUAAAGCACACAGUGGUCAAAUAAUAUUGGAGACAAAUUGUGAAGUAAGGAACGGUUGACCACGAAAUCAUAAUUUAUUCUUCUUUUUCAAUCUUAUUUGAACGAAAGUAGUACAUGUACAUCUCAUGCGUUAAUGGUAAUACCUAAGGAAAUAUGACUUUGCUAACCCUUUCCAUAAAGUUACCGGAAAAACUCUGUUUGAAACUUUUUUUUAAAUUUCUUAUUCCCUGCUCAGAGUGUUAGCAGAUACUUGCUAUUCUCAAAUCACUUUUUAUUUUGAGUUAUUUGUUUAGUUCUGACGAUAGUCAGAUUACCUUUUAAAUGUAUGAUUCACUUAUGAAUUACUCCCACGCGUAAGACAAACUGAACCAAAAAAAUCUAUGUGGUAUUGGAACAAAUGAAGUUAUCUUACAAAUUGCUUCACUUCAUAACUUACCACACUAAUCAACAGAGGUCUACCAAGGAUAGGUACGCUCUUUUUCGCCUCUUCGGUGAAUCUGUUUCCUGUAAAAGCAUUGCUAUUGGCCUGACAAAAACCUAAAAUAUACAGCAUCCAAAUUGACAGGCUACUCGCACACGUUAAACCGCAGCUGGCUACCAGGCCGGGUCCUAUAUGGACGAGAAUAUAAUAUCAAAUCAGUGCUCUGAAAUAUGUGAUGGCAAUCACAUAUUUCAGAGCACUGAUUUGAUAUUUUAUUCUCGUCGAUAUUCUGAUCACGGUUCUACGCAGCCCUUCCAUAUUUCUCGGGUCCUAUAUUGGACGGGGACCAGACUGUUCUCUGAUUAGUGGGGUGUUAUGACUCGGCAAAAUGCGCGCACGCGUUAAGUUGAAACAAUAGUUAUUUGUUUAGUUCUGACGAUAGUCAGAUUACCUUUUAAAUGUAUGAUUCACUUAUGAAUUACUCCCACGUGUAAGACAAACUGAACC